AUGCCAGAUCAGGCAGUUUACGCGAACACAUUCUUCCUUCGUCCACAGAUCCGUCGGGGUCCCGACGUCCCUUACAAGAACGACACAGGCUCAAAUCCUGUGCUUCGAGGGUUUCCCUUGGCUGCCGUCUCCAAGAUCAUCGCGUCGUCCAACUGGAUUCAGAGCGUCUUCUGGAAACUCAAUGGCUUCGACAAGCUCAAGGACACAAAAUAUCUAGAUGAAUAUGAGAUUCGACUUGAUCCGACAGUCGUGCCUCGAUCCACCACUACCUCGCAGGACCCGGUUCCGAGCCUGACAGAGCUGCCGCUGCCUCGCCCUCGCGCUUCCAACACGGACUACUACACUUGCGCGGACUACCACAAAUUGUACAAGUCCGGCAAAGUCACCCCUUCCGACGUUAUUGAGUACCUGAUACCCCUGAUUCGGCGAGACACCCAACCUGCUGGUCAGUACUCUGUUGCCUUUAUCGAUUCCAAGGUCGACUUGGUCCGGGCGGCUGCAAAAGCGUCCACCGAACGAUAUCGAGCUGGCAACCCGCUCAGUGUGUUGGACGGCGUGCCGUUGGCCGUGAAAGACGAGGUGGAUCUGACAGGAUACAAGAAGACCCUGGGCAGCAAGCUUGAUUUCACCGACAAAGAAGACCGUACAUCAUGGUGCGUGCAGAAGUGGCAGGACGCGGGUGCCGUGAUCAUUGGAAAGACAAACAUGCAUGAGGUUGGCUUGGACACCUCCAACAACAAUCAGACUUGGGGCACUCCGUUGAAUCCACACAACAAUGGUUAUUAUACUGGCGGCAGCUCGGGCGGCUCUGCGUUUGUCGUCGCCGCUGGCAUCUGCCCAAUUGCGCUCGGAGUCGAUGGUGGCGGGUCAAUUCGCUUGCCGGCUGCGUUUUGUGGUAUCUACGGGCUCAAGACUACUCAUGGCCGAGUUUCAGCCAGAGUCGGCAAAGACUGGCUGGACAGCGUCGUCGUUUACGGUCCCAUGGCUUGCAACAUCGAUGACCUCACCAUCAGCUACCGAGUCAUGGCCCAACCUGAUCUUGGCGCAAUGAGAAGCGCUGGCUUCCCCAACAGUCUGACCAAGGAGCCAUACAGUCUAGGGAGUGGGAAGAAGUAUCUGGGAAUCGACCGGAGCUGGGUCAACCGUUCGGAUAAAGUUGUCCUGGACAUGUUCAACGCCGCUCUCGAUGGCUAUGUCAAAACUCACGGUUACGAAGUGGUCGACAUCACGAUCCCCUACAUUCCACAGGGACAAAAGGCCCACGCGUUGACUAUCUUGUCCGAGAGCCGCAGUCAGAUUACCGCCCAGAAGAUCUCGAAGCUCUCGUGGCACAAUCAGCUGCUUCUCAAUGUCGCGGGUGGCCACGCAACCGCCCAGGAUUUUAUCUACUCUCAGAAAUUGCGCAAUCUUCUGAUGUGUCAUCUGGCGUGGCUGUGGCACGAGUAUCCUGGAAUGAUGAUCCUGACGCCGACGACGCCCUGUGCCGGGUGGAAGAUUGGCAAGCCGAGCGACAUCACCAGCGGCUACGGCGUGAGCGAUGGCGACAUGAGCUUGAGGACCAUGGAAUACGUCUAUCUGGCGAAUUUCACGGGCAACCCCGCCAUCAGCUGUCCAAUGGGAUACACGGAUGAGAAUGUGCCAGUCGGCCUUAUGGCCAUGGGCGACUGGGGUAGCGAGGAACAACUCCUCGCAUUCGGCAAAGAAGGCGAGUCCUUCCUCACCGGCGGGAGUGCGAUUCGACGCCCGAAAGACGAAAAGAUGUGGAUCGACGUGCUCGCCAGCACAAAGUCUGAAGAGUGA